CGGUACGUACACCCAAAACCAGAAACAAACGUCUUCAUAUUGGCUGCCUACUUGAUUCCAUCGGUGCGCAAACAACUGUUCAGUCCACACCUCCAUUUCUCACAGACGCUUCACAGUCUCGCACCCUCGCUUUGCGCGUGGACAGCAUGGCCAACCCUCCGGCCGCCCGUGUGGUGAUCAACGUCGGCGGCAACCCUCCGGCCGCCCGUGUGGUGGUGAACAACUUCGUUGCCAACCCUCCGGCCGCCCGUGUGGAGAACAACAACGUUGGUGCCAACCCGCCGGUCGCCGGCGUGGUGAAAAAGGUGGCUAAUCCUCCGGCAGCGGCGGCUGCUGCCGCAACUGCAGCGGAGACCGCCAUCCGCAAGAAGAAGGACAUGGACAAUCCUCCGGGGGCUCCAGCGGCGCCAGUGGCCAAUCCUCCUACACCUCCGGCAGUGAUCGCAGCGUUCAACAUCACGGUCAUCAACCCACCGGCGGCAGCAGCACGGGGCCCCAAGGACCUCAAUACCAAGACCCCCUUGAUCAUUGGGUCUGCAGACGAUAUUCCACUUGGCUGCUGCUGCAACUGCAGCGGAGACCGCCAUCCGCAAGAAGAAGGGCAUGGACAAUCCUCCGGCGGCUCCAGCGGCGCUAGUGGCCAAUCCUCCUCCUCCUCCGGCAGUGGUCGCAGCGGUCAACAUCACGGUCAUGGACCCACCGGCGGCAGCAGCACGGGGCCCCAAGGAAGAUGAUGCAGUGGUCGCGGUCGUCGUGGGAGCCUCUUUGGUUGUGAUGGUGCUGCUGAUGUUGUUGCUGCUUCCUUGAAACUUUCAGACAUGGGUCUAUCUUCCACUUGCAACACUUUCUUCAGAUCAAGCUAUAUGUGUUCAUGUGCUCAGUAAAGAAGUAGUAAUAUAAAGUUUGGUCCUUGUAAUAACUAAACCGAGUAGAUUUCAGUUUGGUGUGCCUAGAAAUAGGAACACCAGGUUGCUCGAUCGAGUGAUCUGUUGUUUGCUUCGUUAAGUAGCAUACUACGAGUGCCAUCAACUCAGUGCAUUAUGAACCACGUAAGAUCUCAUAUAAGUACUGUGUGCGUGAUACUGAAUGUGGAACGUCUGAUAUGGAAUUGUCUCAAAUCAGUACUCUAUUAAAUAGAGUUAAUAUGUAUUUGCAUUCGCCUACAAA